GUGGUCUCUGGGCAGCGGAGGCCGCCAUGGAGCAGCGCAGCCCCUCCACCCGCUCACAGGACAUCUCCCACUUGCUGAGCAGCACCUUUAAGGACCUGUACACUGGAGAUGUUAUAGGGGCGGACAUAGAGGCGAACUGGCUCAAGUCCCGAGGAGGAGAUGAUGCUUAUCAUGAGGCCUUUACAGAGGAGCUGCAGAAGCUUGUAGCAGAGUAUAACCGCCGACUGACAGAAGCUGAUAUAGUAGAAGAGAACAUCAUUCAAGCACAGGCUCGAGCAAAAGCUGAAGAAGAAAGGGCCCUAAAUGUGCUUAAGGGAGAUGCUGGGAAAGACUUCCACAAAAUGGGAUUACCACCAGUGGCAUCUUCUUUUAGGUGGAUUGUGGAUAAUGAACUUCUCAGAAAAAACCAUUUAACCUGUCCUGAUGAUUACAUCACUGAUAAAUUACCUGUUACUAGAGCACCAAAAGGAAAACCAGAACCUGGCUAUGUCAAGGAGACAUUCAGUUUUAAGCAGCGCAUUUCCUCACAUUCAUGUGAACGGAUGUCUGCGCACCUCCAGAAAAUAACUGGUCAUCUACCAAGUGUUUCUUUAUCCACAUUAACUCUACCUUCAACUCCAGACUCUUACCACCAGACCAAAAAGACCAGUAAGAAAUGCAGUGCCUGGCAGAAGGCAGACUGGAAAGGCAGUCAGUGCAAAGCAGAGAGAGAAGAAGAGCGUGCUUACCUUGCCAAGCUUGAGAAAAGACAGAAUUUUCUGAAGAAUCCCCGCUUUUUCCCACCGAAUGCUCUUCAUGGAGGCAAAUCUCUUGUCAUGUCUCAAGGACAGGUGGAACAGAUCAUAAGCAGCAGAGAAGCAGAAUGUAACACAGGUGAUACCUCAUUUGUUCCUGUGUUUCUUGCCAAUCCACCCACUGUUUUGUUCUCUGAUUAUAAAGUUGGCCAGGUUUAUGAGAUAACUGUAGAGCUGCAGAACAUCACUUCAACAUGUCACCGUGUAAGAGUCAUUCCUCCCUCUACUUCAGUGUUUGCCAUUGGGCCAGGAAAAUUUCCAGGAAAGGGAGGAAUGAUUGCUCCUGGGAUGACCUGCCAGUAUACAGUCCAAUUUGUUCCUGACAGUCUAGCAGAUUAUGAAGAUCAUAUAUUAGUGGAGACUCAAGUAGCGGAACCUCUCCUGAUCCCAGUUCAAGCUAAAAGACCACCUCCAGUGCUAACACUGCCUCGUAUUAUAGACUGUGGUUUCUGCCUUGUUGGAGGAAUAAAAGCAAUAAUGUUUGCAUGCAAAAAUGAGGGAUUUAGCACUGGGAAGUUCUGCAUAAUGCCACAGGAAGCCUGGCCACCUCCUAAUUUCAGGGCUGUUGCCACUCUUGGUUCUGUGAUACAGGAUCCAUUUGGGAUCUAUCCUGCUGUUUUUGAGCUAGCUCCAGGUCAGAGUACAAUAGUGAAGGUAGUGUUUUUCCCUUCUUUGCCAGAAGUCUCACAACGAACAUACACCAUUGUUUGUGACAACUGCCAGGUCAAUAAUAUUACAGUCACAGGGGUUGGACAGCUGAUAGCUCUGGAGCUUCUGCAUGUUACAGGCGGAGAAAGCAGCCCUGAACCUGGUGAAGUCACUGAUGUAACAGCUCAGCACCUCAUACGAUUUGACCCCCAGAACCCACACACCACCACACAGAAGAACUUGGUUAUAAGAAACUCUACCCACGUAGAACUUCCUUUUUACUGGCAGAUAAUAAAGCCCAACCUGCACCCAGUAUUGCCAGGAGAAACUGCACACUCCGUGACACUUGAGUACAGCCGAGAGACGGAGCUGGCUUUCUCCCUGAGUCCUGAGCAGGGAGUUCUGCUUCCCCACGCUGAUCAUGACUUUACCCUCACUUACACUCCACAGGAGCUGAAGAUUUACCACAGUGUGAUACAGCUGGUUCUGAGGGACAUCCCAGAAUCACCUGGUUUUGUAAAGGAGAGAAUGCUCCAAAACAUCCCAGAAUACCUAGCAGAGGAUGUAAUAGUGCUGGAUAUAGAAGUGAAAGGAUCCACGGAGCCAUUUCAGCUUCUUCUGGAACCAUACGCCAUUAUCAUCCCCGGAGAAAGCUUUCUUGGUGUAAAUGUCAGAAGGACAUUUAAGAUGUGGAAUAACAGCAAGUCAUUGAUCAGGUAUACAUGGGAGAACAUCACAGACUGUGCCAUUAUGGAAGUUGAACCUCUUACUGGUGUCAUAGAUAUGAAUAAAUGCUGUGAAUUUGAACUGAUGAUUACUGGAAUCAGACCUGGGUGUGUCAGCCAUAACCUGCGGUGUCAAAUUGAACAUUCUGCAGAGCCAGUUGUGCUGCACAUUGAGGCUGCUUUUAAGGGUCCUCGUCUUCAUAUUGCUGUUCCCUCACUCCGCUUAGGUUUGAUUAAGCCAGGUGAGAGUGUGGUAGGAACCUUGGAGAUUCAAAAUCUGUGCCAGCUGCCAGCACGGUGGAGAAUGCAAGAAAGCCAGGUUUGUCUAGCUGAAAGGAAUGAAGAGGUGUCUCCCUUUACCAUUCAGCCAUCUGCUGAAGAAUUGCCUCCUUUGGGCACAUGCAGUGUGUCUGUUCAGUACACAUCAUUGCUGUGCCAGCGUCUCCAUACAGUCUUAGAACUAGAAGUAGAAGAUGGAGAAAAGAGUUACCUUCCUGUUUCUGUUGAAGUUCAGACCCCCCAGGCAUGCCUGUUAUCUAGUCAUCUAGUGCUCACUGAAAUGUAUACUGGAAUUCCUGUCAAAGCAACAAGCAAACUUUUCAACCAGACACAGCUGCCAGCAAAAUACUCAUGGGGAAAUCUCAUUGGAACUCAGGCAGCUUUCUGCUCUGCCACCAUCACUCCAGCCAGUGGCAUUUUAACCCCAAAUGAAGAAAAAGAAUUCUGCAUAGAGCUGACAGCUAACAUCACAGGUGAGCUGAAAGGCCUUGCCCUUUCCUGUAGCAUAGAAGACAUGACUGAACCCCUCCUUCUGAGCAUUUCUGGAGAAGUAAAAGGAUUGCAUGUCACCUACUCAGUACCCUGUGAAGGUGGAGAUGCCAGUGAUAAAAGAAAAGUGUUACAAAGCCCACGUGACCUUCUUUUGGACUUUGGAUCUGAAGUUGCAUUGAAAGACACAGUGAAACGUCAGCUGAUCCUUACCAAUCACACUGCAAUCAGUGCACUGUUCAGACUAGAAGCUGUGUAUUUUACUGGCUCUUCACCUACUCCAGAGCAAUCUAUCUCCCUCUCAUCAGGCUACCUGGUGAAAAGGAGAGGGCCCACCACGAAACAUGCAGCCAAAAGAGCACAGUCAGAGUUUGCAGCAGCGAUGCUGUCUCAUGGGAAGGGAGUAGCUUUCCAUAUACAACCUUCCUCAGGAACUCUGCAAGCCUUCCAGCGGCUAAUCAUAGAAAUAACAGCCUACAACAACAUGUGGGGAGAGUACAGUGAUGAUCUUGUCUGUAAGGUGGGAGACCUACAACCUACAUUAAUUCCUAUGCAAAUGACAGUGAAGGGCUGCCCGAUCUUCCUGCAGAUGGCAGGACCACAAACGCAGCGCCCCAUAAUCAGGUUUGGCACUCAUGUCUCUGGAGGGUGUCCUGUCUUUCGCAGUGUCCGACUCAACAAUCCAACUCCCUUUGAUAUUCGUCUGGACUGGGAAAUUUACAACCAAGAGGAAGAUGAUAAAAAGCUGGUGGACCUGCUGAUGUUCUUUGGAGACCCUUUUCCUCCUAAGGACAUGGCAAAAAACGAGCCUGCAUCAACUGGUAGCAACUCAGAGAUCGUGUUAGGAUUGGAUCAGCCCCCCAUUCCCUGUGGAAGCGUUCAUCCAGCUUUGCAAACCACAGAUGAGUCUUCAAACACAGAGUGUGAAGAGGAAGGAAUAAUCACUCAAGAACCCACAAUGCAGAAAAUCGUCUCUGUGCUUCUACGGCCUCAUGAAGGGGUUCCUGCUGACAACCCCUACUCCAUCACUCCAAGACAGAUAGUGGUUCCGGGAGGUGGCAGCAGCUCCGUUUGCAUCUCCUUCACCCCUCAUGUCCUCCCGGAGCCCGUGGCUGAAGUGCGGUGUGAAGGGUUUGUGCUGGGAUUCAUGAGCCUGGAUGACAAGCUUGCAAAGACAGUUCCUGGCAGAGUCCAUCGCAGACAUGGUUACGAUGCUGCACCGUUACGGAUCGACGUGCGAGCUUCUGUAAGGCAAGCUCUGUUAAAAGUAGACAUGGAUCAUGACGGAGGAAUGGUGUUUUUUUCUAUGGCGAGCGACCUCAUACCUGACCCACCUCUGUUAGGAGUUUUGACAGCUUCAGUACUGACUCAGAGUCUGAAGCUCACCAAUUGCACUAAGGUUCCUCUGUACUUCAGGCUCCUGCUGUCUGCUCCCUUCAGCCUGACCAGCACAGAUCUCAAGAAGGGCACCAAAACAUCCCACAGCGAGAAGGAAGAAACAGAACAGCAACCACAACUUGUGCUUUACCCACAGCAAAACAUGCUGGUGAAAGUGUCAUUCCACACGACCCCAGAGUUGCUGACGUAUCAGCAUUUGCCAGACACCCAAGUAUUUCCUGGAUUUGAAGUGCUCCAGUUUGAGAGUGGAGAGAGAAAGCUGAAGUUCAGUCAGAAUCUGAUCAUCGAAUACAGUAACCACAGCACCCAGCUAGUCCCAGUGACUGCAUACCUUACUGUUCCAGUUCUGGAGCUGUCUUGCAACAUGGUUGAUUUCAAGACCUGCUUUGUUGCACAGACCAAGACUAAACAUGUCUUCCUGUGUAACAGGAGUGGCUGUAGAAUUUACUGGACUGCUUUGCUAGAUCAACAAGAAAGGCACAAUGACCUGGAAGUAUUUUCUGUCUCCCCUGCUAACGGCAUCCUGGAGGCACGUGAAGCGGAGCAACCUACCAAAGACAUGUUGCAGAUCACCUUUACUGCAAGGAGUGACACUGAAUAUGAAACAAUCCUGACAGUUACUGGGAUCCUGGGAGAGAAGCCUUGCAAGCUACAGAUCAGGGGACAAGGAACAUACGAUGGGAAGUAUGAAGACAUGUAUUGACUGAAGCAAGAUGAGGGACAAAUGCCAAGGUUGUUUUCUACUCCCAUUGAGUGAGGGGAGGAAGGGGCUGCAAUCUACACUGGAAGAGAACAGAAGAUAUAAUCUCCCUUCUGCCUGCUUUAAAGCAGAACUUACUUUGUACGUAGGAAGUAACCUUAGUGUGCACAAAAGACCCUGAAGCUACUACUGCCUCUCUACCCCCCCAGAUAAUUCCAUCUUUGAGCUGUGAAUACACAUGAAGCUGUUGGGUAAGACUGGAUGCAGGAACGGGAUGUAAGAACAUCAGAUGGCUCUAGCUAGUCCUGACCUUCAAAUAACAAUCAAAAUAAAAAGAAUGCAAACAUAGUGCAGGAGAGCAAUUGUAUUAUUAAGUGCAAAGACAAGAUCCAGGACAAAGAACCUCAGUCUGUUACAAAUUUAAACUUUCUAAUGUGUCAAAGGUGAUUACAGCAUUUCUUUUUCAGUCUAUUAGCUGAGAAUUUCACUGAUCUUUUUGUUCCCAAGAAGGAGAACAGAUAAUUUAAGAUUUUACAAGACGAAAUCAGUAUUAGCACUGAUGUACUGAGAUGUUGCCAAAGUUCAUGUAGUGCUGAAAUCUGCUUCAUAUAAAGAAUAACUCAUUAGGCCUAAACUUGUCUUCUAAGUUAGUCAUAGAAGCUCACAGAAAUACGUUGUACAAGCUGGAAUGGCCACUUUCAAACUCCUGGUUUCUAUUCAAUUCUUCAACACCUUUGUAUUCAGGCACCCUAACAGCUUGUUUGUACCUUGCUCCUGGGUAAAUGACUUUCUGCCCUUUCCAUUUUGCCCCACUGGAAGUCUGAGAGCAGCAUGGUUUAAGAGAAAAAUAUACAAAGUGCAUCUUGCAGCAUAUGGAGGCUUUAAGACAUUAGCCAAGUUAUGACACAGUGGGCAGGUGCACUUAGGUUAUCAAGGAAACGUGAAGUCUUUCAAAACAAGCCUUGCCAGACCUCCUGCAAGAUGGUGAAUUCUUCAAGAAAACGCUAGGAAGGCCAUUUCCUCUGCAAUGACAUUUUCAUUUUGGGAAGCAGUUUUAGAUUUGUCGUACAAGGAAAGGGUACAAUGAACUACACUGAUAAU